AUGGCGGCAGGAAGAGUGUUUCGUCUAAUCCAUCUCAACGUUCACCCUUCGCUUAGCAAAUCCGUUCUUAACCGGGGAUUUAACUGUUCACAAAGACGUGUGUUUAGCUCAGGCGCCUACAGGUCAAACGGUUUUGACAGAAACCAUCGAUUGGCUGCUAUUUUGGCUGGCAGUUGUGGCUUAGCUCUUGCUGCCAGUGGUGUUUUUACGUACCGCGUGCUUUGUAAUGACACAAAAGCUCGACCGAUCAAAGUCUCCGAGAGCGAAUCAGGCACAGGUUUUAUGCCAGGAGUGCCGAAAUUAACAGUCACCCUGUAUCAAUAUCAAAACUGCCCUUUCUGCGGAAAAGUGCGAGCGUUUCUUGAUUAUUAUGGAAUUGAUUACACUAUCGUGGAGGUCAACCCGCUAUGGAAAAAAGAAAUUAGCUUCUCCAAGUACAGGAAAGUACCGUUUAUUUUGGCAAAUGGCAAGCAGGUGAGUGUUUUAGUUUAUAUGAUAGAUGAGUCAAGAAAAGUUGCCCUGUAAUCCACAGUUAUGCAUCAGUCAAGCUGUGCCUAGCUGAUUUAUGGUCUGUUUAAGGCUCCUUGUUUGAAGGCUGGAAGUUCAGCAGAAUCAACUUGUACAUGUUGCAAAACAACCACUUACCCUGGCAAACACUAUGUAACAGUACAACUUCUAGCCGCACAAUUUCUUAUUCAUUGUGACAUUAAAUGAUGUGUCAGGGUAUUCUGCAGUUUUGCUCAGGGCUGCAUAAUGAUAAUGAGAUGAUAUAAUAAAGAACCCAAAUCAGAACUGAGGUUUGUUUCUGACUCUGAACUUCCUGCUGGAUUACUGUUACAAAAAGUUCCAGGAAAUUCCAAAAAAAUAGGAAUUUCCAGUUUAUUCCAGCGGAAGUUUUUCGGGAGCAACUUAGCCUCUAACGAGGUGUUCCUGUUUUCCCAAUGGGGAUGUUCCGAAGAGAAAUUUGUCUUCCAUUCCUUGUAACUCACCCUUGACGUUAGGUGAAGUGUAAAAUUUUAUAUACAUCAACAGACCAGAGCUCAUGACCAGAGUCUGAAGAGAAUAACAUCAAUUUUUGUGGGCUAAGUGCAGUUGUCUCUCCUGCUGGACAUCACCAAUGGAGGAGUUAAGAGAGGCGGCCAUAUAUUCCAGGCUAAUGGUUGCUUUGAAAAAAUGAGACCUGUUUCAACCAUACUUUCCAGUAUAAAUUAAUAUACACAUACAUAAUAAAGAAGGCCAAUGGACCUAUAGGUUGAACUGUAUUCAGCCUCAAGGCUUGAAUAUAAGUAAUUUUUUUUACAGCCAGAAUAGGGCAACUAGGUCUUGCGUCCGGUAAGAGCGUGUGCGUGUUUAUCUUCCUUUGCAGCGCGUGCAAGUUUUCAAAUUUGUUCGUUAUCAUGUAAUAAUGGUGUGUGAUGCUUGUAACGGCCAUUCACCCUGAUGAAGGCCGUUUAACAUGGCUGAAAUAUAGGCGAUAGAUGAAAAACAUAUUGUUUUACUCUUCACUUGUGGUACUGUAUUUAUUGAGUUGUGAAGGGAGUGUCUUCUAAAAGAUGCUUGUGAUAGGUCAUACAUAAUAAUCUGUAUAGAUCUAGCUAAGUUAGAGGUUAUUGUGUCAUCAACAGAUUAAUGACUCCUCAGUGAUCAUCAGUGCUCUUCGUUCUCUUAUGCUGGGUCAAGAUUCUGUUGAACAGAUUCUGGUCUAUUACCCAGAGAUGACAUUGCAAGGAGAUGAUGGAAAAGAAAAGACUGAAUAUGCUAACAAAUACUUUAUCAUGCACAAAGAAGCUGUGGACAAAAAAUUAAUGGAAAGAGAAAAGUAAGUGAAAGGCAUAAUGAUCAGAAGGACUCUCAGAAAUGUGAAGCUGUUAACAGUAUGAAUGCUUCACUCUCAAGUCUACAUCUCUAGUCCUUGAUUAUUGCAAAUGUUUAGUGCCAGAAGAUUACCAACAACUCAGAAGAGGAGUAAAUUCUAAAAGCCAAAAUAUUGGCUGAUAAGUGUGAAACUAAACUGGAAUUUUUUCAGCUCGGUUGCUGGGAAACAAAGAAAAAACUCUCCAAGGGGGUAAUGGAUUAUUUUGGAGCAACAUAAUAAUAUUUUAUUCAUGAUUAAUCAACAAAAUAAGUUUGCAAUUUUCAAAUUAACAGAGUGCAUUUUAUUUCAGAGAAGAAAGAAAAUGGAGGAAAUGGGUUGACAAUACAUUUGUUCACACGCUCUCACCAAACAUCUACCGAACAGCAUCUGAGGCCCGCCAGGCAUUUGAGUAUUUUACCAAGCAGAGCAACUUCAGCUUUUUUGAGAAAUACUCAACUUACCUCGCAGGACCAGUUGUCAUGUACUUUAUUGGAAAACAUGUGAAAAAUAAGUGAGCACAUCCUUUUUUUUUCACUUUUUACCUGAAUACAUAGAACUGUCACAAUGGUAGUUCUGCAGAGGAUGACGGCGAAAUCAUUACAGUUUACCAAAAUGUGUGAUGUACAUGUGGUUAUUGUCGUGGUCAUUUUGCCUUUGUCAUUGCAGUUGUCAUUGAGUUCACUUGUUGUGUUAUCUGUUUGAGGAAUUUCAUUGGAAUAAUGAAUUGCUUGUCAGCCCUUCAGUGAUUUUAGUGAUGUCUAUUAAUAUUUUUAUUUUUCCUUGUCUUUUUAGAUACAAUCUACAAAGUGAUGUUCGUGCUGCUAUGUAUGAGGAAGCAGAAAAAUGGAUGCGUGCUGUUGGCCGAAGGAAGUUUAUGGGUGGCAGUGCUCCAAAUCUUGCCGACCUGGUAUUGCCAUACUAUUUCACAGAAAAUAAAUCAGACCAUAAUAUAACACAUUUUUGGGUGAAUAAGUACUCAGGAACUCCCGGCCUACAGUAUAAACAAUAUUCUUAUAUCGUUGAAGUGGUACAAUCAAUCAGUUCACUACUUGUAUUUCCUAUAAAACAUCCUAUGAUUUGAGAAAAGAUGUAAUCAACAUGUCUCGAGCAUGGGACAAAGAAAAAGUCUGAGUCCUUGACAGGAAUUGAACCUAUGACCUUCUAUAGACCGGUCGAUGCUCUAACCACUGAACGACGGAGGACUCAUGGACCAUAUACAAGGUUCAUGUAUGGCGUGCGUCCUGUGUACUGCUAGGAUCAGCAAUGUUGAAAUUGUCAUGAGUGUGAUAAAUAAAGAAAGAUGGUAAUUUUAAUUUUGCAUUGCUGAUCCUAGCAGUAUGCAGGAUGCAUGGAAUACAUAAACCUUGUAUAUGGCCCAGCUAACCACGAGUCCUUCAUAGCUCAGUGGUUAGAGCAUCCGACUGGUGUAUGGAAGGCCAGAGGUUCAAUUCCUGCUAGGGACUCAGAUUUUUUCUUUGUCGCAUGCUCGAGACAUGUUGAUUACAUCAUUUCUCAUUUCUUCACCAAGCUUAAAACUUAUCAUCUUUCUUUAUUCAUCCUAUGAUUUGUUUGCAUUUAUAACUGUAUAAAUUAAAGCGUGUUUAUAACAUAGUUCAUCUACAGUCUUUUUGUAAUAAUAGUUACAUGUAACUUUUCCUGACCAAAUUGCAAAUCCUUUUGAAAGUUUGGUGUUACUAUGGGUCAUAAUAUUAAUUUUUUUGUUUAAACCCAGGAGUCAUGUCGAUAACAUCACAACUUGUUUGACCGGUCAUAUCAGCAGCCAGUCAAGUUUAGUACAAUCAACUGGCAAUAAACAACUUGCUUUGACUUUGAUGAUGACUUCCUCUCAGGUUGUCAAAAUGUCAGUCACUGUCAAGAGCAUUGCUACACAAGACUGCACUCACCUGGACUGUCAUAUUUCUUAUUAUAAAUUAAAUAUAAUUGUAAUGAAGUACUUUUAUUGUUUUCCAGGCAGUGUAUGGCGUGUUAAGUGGCUUGGAAGGACUUGACGCUUUCCAAGACCUAAUGACACACACAACAAUGAAACCAUGGUAUGACCGGGUGAAAGAAACUGUCAAGACACACACUGGGGCUCAAACUCUUUAA